GUUGACGUCACCGUAAGACGUCUGGCGGUAAAGCGCUGCAGUCGCCAUUUCAUCCGUCUGAAAAGCAACAGCGCGCGGGCCGCAGUUAGCAGUGACAAGAGGAUCCAAAAUGGUGAAAAUUUUCAUCGGGAACUUGUCGUCCGACACCACCUCAGACGAGCUGCGCUCCCUGUUCUCGCAGUACGGCAAGAUUUCAGAAUGCUCCAUCGUGAAGAACUUCGGCUUCGUGCACAUGGACGACAAGGCGGAGGCAGAAGAAGCCAUCCGUAACCUCCACCAGUACGAGCUGAACGGCCAGCCGCUGAACGUGGAACUGAGCCGAGGGAAGUCCAGAGGUUCCACCAAGCUCCACGUGGGCAACAUCGCCUGCACCAACCAGGAGCUGAGGGCCAAGUUCGAGGAGUUCGGCGCCGUGCUGGAGUGCGACAUUGUUAAAAACUAUGCGUUUGUUCACAUGGAGCGAGUGGAGGACGCCAUGGAGGCUAUUAAUAAGUUGGACAACACAGCGUUUAAAGGAAAACUGAUGAGCGUGAAGCUUUCCACUAGCCGCCUGCGUACGGCGCCGGGAAUGGGAGACCGAUCGGGUUGUUAUCGUUGCGGGCAGGAAGGCCACUGGUCCAAAGAAUGCCCUCUAGACCAAAACGGCUUCCAGAGAAACGGCUCCGAGCCAAACUCUGAAGGAUACGAUCCCUCGAGGUUCGGCGGGCGUGGUCACGGCAGGGGCUAUCCGGACUUCAGCGCCGCUCCGGAGUACGACGGCGGCUACGGUCCCGGUUUCCCCCGGGUCGCGGCCCAGAGCAGCAGCAUGCCGGGUUACAGAGGAGGCGCCGGCUACGAGAGCGCGGCCAGGUACGGGCCGCCCCCAGCUUACGGCAUGAGCGCCGUACCCGAUCACAACGCGGCUCGGAUGUACGGCAGCGAGGCGGCAUACAGGAGCAGCGGCUCGGUCUACGGCGCGGUGCCAGCCUACGCGGUCCGACGGUCGCCCUACGACGUAAGGGAUCCGUACAGCGUCGUGGACUACUACGAGAAGUACCGGGCCAGUGCUUACGGAGCCGCUUAUUACGACGACCGGCGCGGCGGCGCCGUGCCCGGUCCAACGACGGCCCCCUCCACGGCGCAGAGGGACCGCGUCCCGCCCGCUAGCGUCGACCCCUACAUGUGCCCUCCCCUCCCUCCUCCACCAGCCCCGGUCUCUUCAUACUACGCACGUGACCGGAGUCCGAUACGGAGAGUCGCCGGCGACACGGGUGGAUACGCAUUCGAGCGGUCGCGGCUUUCCCCGGUGCCCGUGGCCCCCAGGAGCGGCACCUACGAGCAUUUGCGGGAUCCUGUUGCCGAGCGGGCCCGGUACACUUACUAAGCUCGGACGGAGCCAAGCGGAAUAGCCUUAGCGCCGCUGGAACCACGGAGACGCCGAGCAUCCAUGGAAAAGCUUUGCUUCCCGUUCCAGCUCCUGUUUCUCUGCAGUCAAUUCUUUCUUUUUCUUUUUUUACUGAUCUGUGUCUCUGUACAGUUUGAAUCUGAAGAAGCGGCUUAAUAAAACUUUUUUAGUUCCUCCUGUAACCGUAGAAUGUGUCCUUUGAUGUUUGCCUCCAGCCAAUCAGUGCAUGAAGAUGUGCAGACAUGUUGCUCCACUGUUCUGUCCGUUGUGCUGUGAUGUGGUGAACUUCGCACGGCUGCAGACGCCGUUUAAAAAUCAUUUUUUUUUAAAGCCUGACGUCUUACAGCAGUUUUUCAGUGAAUCCUUUGGUUCAGGUUCAUCUUAUGGAUUCUUUCCGAACAUCUCAGGCUUCUUGUUUUCAUCCUUUCUUCUUUCCGAUCAAUGCGGAGCUGAGGCGGUGUCGCACAAAUAAGCAACACCUUUAAACAAAUGUGCAUGAACAGGAAGUUCCGUGUGUUUUCUGAGACCAGACUGUUGUCCCAUAACGUGACCUCUGACCUUUCCUCUGUUUCCAUUCAAAUAAAAUGUGAAAGUGAAAACAUUGUACAAUUUUCAUUCAUUUUCAAGUUUAAUAAAAAAAAAUUUA